CUUCGGUCAUUUCUUUCUGCCACGUAUGUCUCGAGAACCCUGCUUCUUCCGGUCACUCCACGUCUCGAGGCCCCAGUGAACACCUAACCGAGUCUACCUCGAGCCUCGCCAACACCCAGACGGCAGAGAACUCCCUGGACUCUCCAAGGACUGGUCUCAUCUCUACUGCCCUGCCUUCAUUCUCUACCCGUUUCCCGGCGCCGUCAACGAGUCUGCUUCCAGUGUUGGUGAGAUUAGUGUUCCUCUGGCCAUCAUUCGCUCUGGAGGGAGACUCUUGGUGAAAGCUGGGUGGUGCGUAAUUUUUCUUUUGUUAUACUGCGUAUGUUUCUUGCAAGUCUAGGAUAAUUGGAACCAUUCGAAGCUGUUUAUUCCCAUCUCCAUCGGGGUAAGUGUAGUUCAUCCUGGGGAUCGGUUUAGAGGGGACAUGCUAGUGAUGGGGUUUCGCCCCCGCAACAAAUAGACCAAACCAGUAAGUUAUUACUUACAUUUUGGCGACCUCGCCAGGAUAUUGAACUACGGACACUUUGGGGUGUUGGAUGUGUUAAUGCUAAGUUGUGCCAACUCUUACUGUUUAACCAGUUUUUCUAUAUCGAACUGUUUCAGUGGUGCAGUGUUUUGCCUUCUCGGAUGUAUUGUGUAAUUAUGCGUUCGGCCUCGGUGAAUUGAGGAGAUUAGGUGCAGACCCACGUGUCCUCUAAUAUACACUUAAGUGCAUAUCCAGUGCCUUUCAACCACCCCUUAAGUGCAGGUCCAGUGCCUUUCAACCAUUCAACCACCCUUUUCUCUUGUAACGAGCAGCCGCAAAUCUGGAGAUUACGGCUAGUUCACAGUACCUUACUGUGGUUUGGGUAGCAGUAUUUUGAUGUCUUAUUUCGUCGCCUAGACGUAAUUGUGGAGUAGUCAUUGCUCCUAUAGAGGAACUAGUUAUGCUCGGUGUUUGCCAGUCAGUGCUUCUGUACAUGUGCACCUUGUGUGAGGAGUGUCGUUGUGGGGUUUACUUGUAACUAUUUGUGUACGUUUUGCUUGGUUGUGGUGCGAGUGGUUAAGUAACUUCUAUCUACCUGAGAUUUUUGAUACAUCUUUGGGUGUGGUUGUGCACUUGAUAAAUUUUUCUUUUCUACCCCUACCUAUGAGAAAUUUUAUCUGCUUGGGUGUGUACUUGCAUAUUUCAUGUCAAAAUUUUUUUGUUGUUGGGUUUGUUAGUUUUGGUUCUAUUAUGUCUAAGAUGUCUAAUUUCGCUGAGCUUGCAGUAAAGCUCCGCCUCUCAAGAGAGAACGUGAACGGGAAGACAGGAUUAAGGACCGGGAGCGUGAGGAACGAGAACGGGACGAACGAGAGCGGGACGGGAAUUUGAACUUGCCGAGUUGAAGCUUGGUUUAGAGUCGGGAGCACGUCCUACCCAUGUCCCGAUGCUGGCGUGCGAGGACGGAAGCUUCCAGUUUACCAAGGACAUCACUGCCUACCUGACCAGAUUUGAGCGUAUUGCCACGCUCUUAAUCGACGAGGAGUCUCUUGCUAUUAGACUUGGGAGUCUACUGACAGGUAAAGCUGUUGAACUUUAUUCCACCUUUAGCACUGAUACCAUAAGUGACUAAUCUCCUAAAAAGGGCUCUCCUGACAGGUACCGGGUAGACUUCAGGAACUAAGAUCAGAGUGGGAAAAUUACCGCCAGAUGUCGACCCGUCUUCAGCAGCUAUUUGACUCCUAGGUGUUGUCAUAUUUCACCAACGUUUGAAUCCCUUCGUGAGUUGAUCAUAUUAGAUCAGUUCAUUGCUUCCCUUUCUUACGAUUCUUAAAGGAGAAGGAUACCACCAACCUUAAGUCUGCUGUGGCUAAGGCUGAUGUUUGGUCUGCAGUUCACAACGCCUACCCUAAGCAGAACUCCGGCGGAGCCACUGGGAGAUCUACCUACCAUAACAGCCUUUAAAGAACCACAGGACAAAUAAAACGUAGGAUUUUGUAUGGAUGAGCGGUCUCUCCCAGAUUAUGCAGUUGCUGGCACGAUCAACAGCUGCUGGGAUACUACCGUCAGACACCGGCUGCAACUGCAUGAUCGUCUCGGAGAAGGCGGUGCCUCUUGCUGAUGAGACGUCUCUCAUGAAUAGCAAAGCACCAUCCUCCUUGCUCCAAACCUCAGUCAGUGAUUUGGCUAUGCUUCGGUCUUCUCAGCCCACUGCCUCUUCUCUUCCAGCCUCAGAAGAGGAGCUGCCAUUAAUGCGAGCAUAUGCUGUAGAAACCCGCAGUAGCAGAAUGGAGCGUGUUCAUCCUCUAGUUUUGCUAGAAUUGCAACCCUUGGACGUGACUCCAGAGGAUUUCGCUUGUCUUCAAGAAGAGUGUCCGUCUCUUGGUCACAAGGUUAACACAGGUGAAGAGGAGUGGACAAAAGAUGGCUCUAGUUUGUUACCUUCGCUGUUACCUUCGCUGUACCGGACCUUGAAACCUCCAGCAAAAGUUGAGUGGCGGUUGAUUUGGUUGGACCACUGUCUCUCCCAUCCUCAGAAGGCCACAGGUACAUACUCACUUUAAUCAACUACGCCACUGGGUUCCCAGAAGCCGUGCCACUGAAGGAAAUGGACACCAUCUGUUUGCUGAGGCCUUACUCUCCAUCUUCGCUACAGUUGGUAUACCACGAGAAAUUCUCACUGAUCAAGGUACCCAAUUUACAGAACUUCAUGUUGUUAGGGGUCAAGCCUUUAUUUACAACUAUUUCAUGCUAGCACUAAUGGUCACAUUGAACGUCUACAUGCACCACUUAACCUUCCCUGUGAAAGCUCUGUAAGGAUUGCCCUUGAGUGGCAGAUACUUGAUUCCUGUAUUAUUUGCCUUCGGAGAUACCAGGCAAUAGAACCGGUUUCUCCGUCUUCGAACUUAUCUAUGGAAGGACUGUUCAGGGACCUCUCUCCACCCUUAGAGAUCUAUGGGAGGACUGCAACUGAAGGACGACGACUGAUUUGCUUUCCACUACGUGGUACAGCAGAAGCUAGCAGAGACUGCAGAUCGCCGCCAACAAUGCAGACCUCAGUGCCUCGAAAUAUAAGACCUACUUUGACCUAGUGUCAAGAUAGACAGUUUCAACCUGAAGUCCUUCCCAGUGAUUCCAGGAAACAUCUUGGAAAGGUUAGUUCCAGCUUUGCCGAAGUCUUAGACGAAGUGUCAACACCUGAAGAUUAAACGCCCGAAGAGGAAGAGUGUGUCCUGGAGAACAACCACUUAUUUGUGGAGACGACACCGAGGACGAAUGCAACUCUUUGCCAGUGACACCUGAUGGCUGCUCAGACGAGGAUAGACGAUCCAGGAUCAAACUGAAUUUAACUUGUCAACAAGAAGCUGACAUAGAGUAUCUCCUGUCAGUUUUCUGUUCCUGGGUGUACUUCCUCUGUUGAACAUAAUAUUGUCCUAACUACCACUGGCUGCAUCAGCACAAAGAUUUACCCUGUCCCUGUCCAUCUAAAGCAUUUCUUUGAACAGGACGUUUUUGAAAGGAAUCAUCCAACGGUCUUCUCAACAUUCGCCGUCGUGAUGGUUCCUAAGCCAGACAACACUUAUCAGAUGGCCAUAGACUACUGUCAACUCAACAUCUAGGCUGAGCCCAGCUGCAACAUUGAGGAAGGUACCUGCUUUGGUUCCUAAGCCAGACAACGCUUAUCAGAGAUGGCCAUCGACUACUGUCAACUCAACAUCGUCUAGGCUGAGCCCAACUGUAACAUUGAGGAAGGUAUGUACAAGAUUUUUGGUUCAAGAUUCUUCACUGAGUUGGGUCUGCAAGGCUUAUUGUCAAGUCCCUUUGACAGAGCCAUGCUGCUGACAGCCUUCCCAACCCACUUGGGCCUAAUGUUGUUCACCAGACUACCUUUUGGCCUGGUCACUGCUUCUGCCACCUAUAUUGAGCUCUUGCGCAUUGUUCUCUUGGGACUCGCAAACGUGUUCUAUUUUGAUGAGGUUUUUAUAUACUUCCCAGACUGAGCCCUGCAUUUAAAGACCCUUCAUGCUGUGCUGGACAGGAUCAGGACCCAUGGAUUCAUUUUGGGAGGUGACUGUCUUCAACCCUACCGUGACAUAGUGAAAGAUACCACCCCUGUCCACUAAGAAACUUCUAUGAGGAUUUAUUGGAAUAGUGAGUUUCUAAGUCUUUCAGGCAUCCUUCCUCACUGGCCCUCUGACUGAUCUGCUAAGAAAGACUGUUCGUGAGCCCCUUCCCUGGAUGGACAAGUUGCAGGCCUGUUUCAACCAGCUCAAAUUAAUCCUCUUCUAAACCCAUACUUCGUCUCUCUGAUCCUAGCCGUCCUGUUGUACUUAGGACGGACGCUUCCACCGAAGGGAUUGGAGAGGUUUUACUUCAAUAUCAUCUUGGCAUUCCUCAUCCGGUUGUGUAUGCUAGCAGAAAACUGCUCCCCAGGGAAACCCGGUAUUCAACCAUUGAGAGGGAAUACCUAGGUAUAGUAUUCUCCAUUCUCAAGGUUUCUUUUUACCUUGGAGAGAAUUUAUUUUGGAAACGGAUCACAAACCCCUCACCUAUAUGCACACCUUCAAGUGCAAGAAUGAUCAUCUCCAAUGGAGUCUAGGGCUGCAACCAUACAAAUUCAGGGUCGUUCAUGUUGCUGGUGUUGACGAUCUAUGUGCCGACCUCCUCACUUGAGUUUUAGAUGUGUUCUUCUAUCAUAUCUUUUCUCCAGAAGGUAUCGCAUUCCCUAGGAGUGGUGUUCUACAAGACUACCAUGGCUAGUCUCUUGGAGGGGAGAGUUAUGUAAAGGGCAGAACACCACCUCAUUCUGGAUCGUUCAGCCACUCCCGAGCGACACUUCACUCGCUUCUCUCUACCACGUAUGUCUCGAGAACCUGCUAAUUCUGGUCACAUCACGUCUUGAGGCCCCAGUGAACACCUGACCAAGUCUACCUCGAGCCUCGCCAACACCCAAACGGCAGAGAACUCCCUGGACUCCCCAAGGACUGGCCUCUCUUCUGCUGCCCUGGCUUCACCCUCUACCUGCUUCCUGGCACUCAACGAUUCUGCCUCCAGUGUUCCUCUGGCCCUCUUUCCCUCUGGAGGGUGACUCGUGGUGAGAGCCGGGUGGUGUGCAGUGUCCCUUUUGUUGUUGUUUUAUUGUGUAUCUGUUUUUGCAAGUCUAGUAAACUUGGAACCAUUUGAA